AUGACACCGUUAACACAGCCCGAGGCAGCGCCUUCGUCAAGAGGAGGACGUAUCUACUCCAUCCUUCGAAAACCAGCAUCAAAUCUCGCUUUGAGAAUAUCGGAUCUUGAUCGGUAUCGAUUCAAUAUGUGGGAAGUCAGUUGGGUGGCUCCCAAGGAGUCGAGGAAGGAACAUCGCGAGAAUAAAGCGACUGCUACACCAAAAGGCAAUGCGACACCGAAAUCGAGAUCAUUGUUUAGUCGCGGAUCUUCAUCAUCGAUUGAAGUGCCGCCUUUCUGUAAGAGGAGAAAUGUCGAAACGAUAUCGCCUACUGUGUCGGUCUCUUCUUCCGCAAAGACUUCUGCGACAAGUUACAAUGAUGAGUCGGACUCAAUCUCGACAUUCUCGAUAGGUAGUGAACAGACGACUGUUCAUGUCCCAAAGAUUGUAGACUUAAGGAAUAGAAGGAAUGGUCAAUUGAUCGACACCACCCGACCAUCCACAGAUCUAUACGUCCGCAAUAGCCCACCCGAUGAUCCACCCUCGCCGACAUUGACGACGUCUUCUACACCGUGGGAUACCGAAACUCUCGAAAGCGUGGUAUUACGGCCUUGGCCUUUGCUUCAAACACUGAGUUCAGACUCUUUCGUCAAAAGAAGUACCGAAGCGACAACAACACCACGAUCGUCAUCCGAUGCGCCAUAUCUCAUCAACUGCGGCGUGACAAUCACGGCUCCGACUGUUGAACCUUCGACCAUCAAGUCCAAACUCCGAGGGCGAUCGACAAGCAACCAAACACCGCCUGCAAUUGAACCUCUCCCUCCUCGUCCCCAAAGUAGCCGCUCCUACGUCCCCAAACCAAAAGCAAUCCGUCGCAUGGCAUCAUCCAGCACACCACUGCGCGCUGAACCCAGCUCCGAUACAUGGAAACCACCCAACGCAUGGGGCUGCACACCCACCGAACCAUCAUUCCCCUCACGACCAACUCCAUCGCCAGAACCCGACAUUCCGAAGGAGCUCACGCCGAUUCAACUCGAUGUGAAAUACUUAGCAAGAGAGAGCAAUUUGGUCAGGCUGUUGCGGUUGACUGAAGCGCAUGAUGUUGCUGGACCGCCAAGCUCGUCGCGGGAUUUGGAAGUCGAGAAGAUGCAGUGGAUGUUAUCAGCCAUGUAUAAUCUAGAUGGACCGAUUUAUCCAGAUGUUAGGGAAGAGGAUAUGAGCUGUGAGCCUUCGGAUCCACCGAAGAAGGUUCUUGCUCUUUAUGAAACACCAGCUGUGGCAUCGUAUAUAGCCGCAGUCAACCACAACAAACAAGUUUACCACCUCUCAGCAGCGCCUUUAUCGCCUGAGAUAUUUCCGAAUAUCCGUCCAGUCCUUUCACCAGUGCGAUCGCCUUCAGCAUUUCCGGUCGCGCCAUCAAGCAUUGAAGCCGUCCACUCUUUACGACUUCCUCUCGCUAUGCCAUCACAAGAUAUCCCCGCUUUACUACGAAACAUCCACCGUUGUCUCGAGCCAGGCGGCUCGCUUCAUCUCACUAUCAUCGAUCCGUUGCCAAUAACAAAUACACUUGGCCCAUUACUACGAACAUGGAUCGAGGACCAUCUCCUCUUCAAUCUCGAAUCAAGCUUCCGGUGUACGAAUCCCAGCAAGCUUCUACCAGUCUGGCUCAAGAACGCUUCUUUACGCGUUGAUUCAAAUUUCGUUGAGACGACUCAGUUUUUCUCCAUUCCGUUAGACAACAGUCAAUUACAGUACGUCCGAGAUGGCCACGAGUCGGAGGAAGGUUUAAGGCAGGAACUACGUAAUACUGUGGGGAGAAUGCUGUGGAUGGAAGUUUGGAGAGAAUAUAUUAUUGCGGACCGGUGGUGGUGGGAUGAACCUGAUAUCUUGGCGGAAUGUAUGCGGUUACAGACUGUCUGGGAGUGGAGGUUGAUUGAGGCUGUCAAGGAUACUUGA